CAAAGAGAUGGAGAAAGUCUGUUGACAGCUGAACUGUCUCAAACCCAGUAACCAGACAUACAAUUUCCGCUUUUUCUGAAUCUAUCCAGAUUCGUUUUCAGACAUUUAACCAUUUGAGGCACUCUGGAGGUUCUUCCGGGAUAGAUUUUAUUCCAAAAACGAGGAGAUUUCUUGUGUUUUGGCUGCAGUUUAACUUGUGUCUCCUACUGGAAUGGAACAUGGCAACGACUGAGACGCAGCUGAUGUUGAGCGUCGGAUUAAUUGAGAAAGACGUGAAUGGAGACACGUUGUGGGUGUGGUGUUAUCCCUCCGUCAGCGCUGAGCUGAGGCAGCUGCUGCUCAGGAAGUGCUGCCUGACGCAGGAUGGACGGGAUUUCCACACCUUCGUGUUCGGCCAGUUCAGCCGGACCUGGUACUACAUCACAACGCUGGAGGUCCAGGAGCCGACGGCGCUGAACAAGGUCACCCAUUUUUCGAUGGCUGUCACAGCAAAAGACUUCAACCCUGAGAAAUACGCUGCUCUCAGUCGAAUACUCUGCAGGAUGUAUGUCAAACACGGCAGUCCGGUCAAGAUGAUGGAGGCUUACAUCACCGUCCUGACCAAAGGAGUCUGUCAGAAUGAUGAAAAUGGCUCGUUUCUAAUCAAGGAUUAUGACGUCCGAAAGGCGUACCUGGCAGGUUCAAUCAAAGACGUUGUGUCUCAGUUCGGCAUGGAGACCAUCAUCCUGUACACAGCCCUGAUGCUGAAGAAGAGGAUUGUGGUCCAUCAUCCUCGGAUUGAGGCGCUCCUGGAGUUCACCAGAGUGCUGCCGGCUCUGGCCUGGCACAGGAAGGACUGGUCCGUCCUGCAUCCCUACGUUCACCUGACCGCAGCUGACCUGGACGACCUGAAGAAAUGCCCCGGUUACAUCGCUGGGUUUGUGGAUCCAGAAGUGAGCAACAGGUUGGAGCUUUUUGACGUGUUUGUGAGCCUCCCAGACAGUGUGAUCACCGUGUCCCAGGGCGCCAAAGACGCCAUGGCGAUGGGGAAGUUGCACAAGGACGUGGCUCAAGUCAUCGUCCAGUCUGCGGAGGACGCUGAGCGAUCCGACAGUCAGGUCAUCAAGGACAUUUCCAUCAAGACAAAGGAAAUCCUCACCAACCUGUUCGCCCUGGCUGACGCCUGCGAAGACUCUAAGCUCACGCUGGAGGUUUUGAAGCAGCAUCACUUCCCCCCGGCCACCGAGAACUUCCUGUUUCACCUGGCAGCUGCAGAGCAACUCUUACGGAUAUAAACUGGAGCUUGUGCCGCGUCAUCUCAGACACUUCCUGUCUCCUCAAAGGCCUUUUUUUUCCCUGCACUGAAACCUGAAGGUGAGGAACCUGAGGUUCCAGGUUGUUGAUAAUUAACGUUUUAUUCAACAUUUUAAAUGCUGAAUGCGAUUAAAACCUGAAGGGUUUUAUUUCUUAAUGCGUCUGUGGUACGAUUUACAGGAAGAAUCUACAGAAAUCAUAGACAUGAAUUCAUGUUAUUAUGGGAUUUUAAUAUGCAACUUCAUUGAAUUUAUUGUUUUCUUUAAAAUCAUACAUAAAGGCUCAAAGAUACUAAUGUUCCAUCAACAAGCUUCUGGUUUCAUUCUAAAUUAAUAUUUUGCAACUUUUCUUGAAUUAAUUGUCCUUUUAAAUUGUUUUCCUUCACUGCAAAAAACAUUAAAUCUUACCACGUUUUUUUUUGUCUACAGAUGAAAUUAGACAAAAUUAACUUAUAAGUAACUUUUCAGAAAGAUGUAGGAGCUUUUUUUAAAGUAAAUAAUUCCUUAAUAAUGAUGAAAACAUUCUAGUUCCACUGGCAGAUUUUUUAUGUUAUAAAUAAAAUAGUAAUUUUGGACUGAUUUGAGCUCUGUUGAGUUUCUUUGAGUAUUUCAUCUUUUGCUCAAUCCAAGGAGUCUAAAAAAAUCGUUUUUAUGUUGCCACAGAGUAAUAAUGAGCUUCUGUCAUCAUAUCAAACCAGAAGUUUAUAAGUUUGUCAAGUGAAAUAAACGUCGUCCAUUCGUCGUCUGCAGUCUUUGUAAUCAGAAGAGCUAUUUUACGCUCAGUCCAGCUAAAAAAAUAUUUUGGGUCGCAAAUGUUACAGGAUCUUUUGAAGAAAAAAAAAGUGGCCUUGUGUUUGAAGAACCAUGAUUUUAAUUUUUUCUUUGGGUUUUAAAACAAAGAUGCAACAUAUUUGCAAUUACAUUGGUAGAUAUUGAUCUUUGUGGAAAAUUAUAUAUUAUUUCCUCUAAAGUUUAGAUAUUUAAACCAAAUAUUUGUACAUUGUGAUGUUUGAAAUCAGUUAGAAACUCUUGUUUGGGCUGAUGAUGCUGAUUCUUAUUCUGAAAGAAUUACAUAUUUUCCAAACUACUGGGAAAAUGCCAUGAAUGCAUGUAUGCAUCUCAGCCUGUAUGUACAACUUUGACCCUUUGUGGAUUAAAAACAAAAUCCACAAUUCAAACUUUAUCACCAAAUCGUUUGUUUUAUCAUCAUCAAAAGAACUGUUUAAAUAAAUGAACAAAAAGUAAAGGUGAAUCUUAAAUUUGAAGCUCUGUGCUGAUUGCUGCAGUCAGAUCAAUACGUCAUUUUUUAGUUUAUUUUUUUAAAGAAGUAUCUGUUUGUGCUUCUCAUUACAUUUCCUACAUUCCAGCUUCUUGUUCAAACGGAGAUUGAGUGAAAAUGAUCCUCAUGUGACGAGAUGUUAUUACAAAAUUGAGUUAGUAAAAACUAAUGCAUGGUUUUUCCCUCAUAAUCAGUUUAACGUUUUGUUUUGUACUAAUAGGAUCAGUGCUGCGGGUUAUUUUUUAAACAUGUUUUUUAAAAAAGAUGCACAUAUCCACCAGGAAGAGAUCAGAACCAAAUGACUUUUACCUCCAUCGUCUGGUCACAUACUGAAAUACUCAAAUAUUCACUUCCCGUUCAGUGAAAACUGGGAAUUUCCACCAUUUAUCCGCCUUUAAAAGCAUCAGCUGACAGCAUGUACGGGUCAAAAGUUAAGAUCCAAGAUGGCUGAGACUUUGAAAUUAUUACCAAACUUUUUCUGUUGUCAACUUGACUUUUAUCCUGUAAAUAUCAACAAAUAAAUCCAUUAGGGGAAAAAAUCCGUUACGAUAAACUGGAUUAAAAAGUUUACAAACCACUAAACUAAAACUGGAUUAAAGCAAUUGGUAAUAUGAACCCUCCUAAUCCUGGAAAAGAUCUCCAAAUCUAACAGACAUCUGGAAAAUCUCAGGUCAAAACUGACCAGAAUUUGGACAUUUGUAUUUUUUCAACACUACAAGCCACUCCCCAGCAUGAUACUGCCACCGCCAUUGGCUGUUUUUGGUCACAUCAACAGUAGCUCUGGGAGGAAGUGGAGAAAUUGAUCUUUUCACAGAUUAUCUGUCUCAUGUUAAACUGCAGGGCCGGCCAAAGUCUUUUUGGUGCCUUAAGCAGAUUGUUAUUUGCCCCCCCCCCCAUACCAACAUGUCAACACAAACCUGCUUUAUCAUUCCUAGUCUACUCUAUGUGUAACAUACCUGCAGUCAUUAGCAUCAUUUGCAAUUAGCUUACGUCAUACCAGUGUUAUUAUGAUUAUAGCAGUAGUCAACUAAAAAAAAUGGAUCUUUUAAAUGCAGAGUGGUAUUUAAGUGUCAUAUUAUUUCAACUAUUUGACCAUAACAUCAGCUGAUAAACACUAAAUUUACAGUAAACAGGUUUGAUAUAUUUUUCCAAAAGUAACAGCCGCUGUCAACAGGAAGAGAUUAACAAUUUAUGUAACAAUUAUUACAAUAGAGGUUGUUUUUAUUUUUUUUUAUUCAGUGUUAUUUUAUGUAUAUAUAAAUUUUUUGUCAUGCUAGCUUGGUGCUCUUGGGGGCCCCCUAGAGGUUUGGGGGCUUUACAGAUUUAACAAAUUUGUAAAAAAAAAACCAUUUUUAUAAACGUUACAUACUGCACUGUUGAAUUUACUGCUUCACACGACUUACUGUUCAGCUUAUUAAUUUUUCAUUGUUGAUUCUUUCUGCAAAAUCAGAUAAUUUUUUUGCCUCAUUCUCCUGAAUAAGAAAGUAGGUUUUACAUUUUAAAAUUCAUGCAACAUCAAAGCAAAUGUGAUUUUAUGAUUAAAUAAAAUGUUUGGUAUAAAAGACACCUGAUACAACAACUGAAUAAAGUUAAUAUCAAAAUGA